AUGUUAAAGGGUUUUAAAUUGUCAAAGAGAGACAGUCAAGGGAAAGGGCGUAUAACGUCUGCUGAUAUAUCUGGACCAACUCGUGAUACAUCUGAGUUGCUGAAACAUUCAAGAACUAUGUCUGUUGAUAAGAAGAGGGUGUCCUCUUCUCGUGGCCGUCAUUCUUCAAACAUAUCUUCUCCAGAGAGGGUUAUUAGAGCAUUGUAUAAUUAUAGAGCCCAGUCGUCUGAAGAGUUGUCAUUUUUAGAGGGCGAGUUUUUUUACGUCGAAGAGGAAGAGGAUGAAUGGUACAAAGCUUCGAAUCCAAAUUCAAGUAAGGUGGGAAUGGUUCCGAAAAGCUAUUUUGAAAUAAUCAAUAAGACAAGACCUCCUUCAGUAGGUGUACAUAGUAAUGGUGGGAUAUCACGACAGCAAUCAAAUGAAAUCUCAACACAGCCCUCAUCUCUUUAUGGUAUUGUGUUGUAUGAUUUUCAAGCUGAAAAAGCUGACGAAUUAACUGCAUACGUAGGGGAAAACCUUUUUAUUUGUGCACAUCAUAACUAUGAAUGGUUCAUUGCCAAACCAAUUGGUAGACUUGGAGGGCCAGGUUUAGUCCCUAUUGACUUUGUCAGUAUCAUAGAUAUAUCUACUGGUUUUGCUACUGGUAACAAAAUUAAAGAUGACAUCAUAGCAGCAAAUUUACCCACUGUAAAGGAAUGGAAAAGUAAUGUUACCAAAUAUAAAAAUAGUAAUAUUGCUUUAGGCUCAGUAGAUCACAAUCAACAAAGUAAUUUUGGAGGUGUUGGCAAUAUUGAUGAAGAAUACAUAGAGUCACCAAUAUUUGAUUCUGAGGUUGUUAAAAAAGCAUCAGUAGUAUCAUAUUUGUUAGAGGAUGAUAAAUAUUGGUUCACCUUGAUUUGUGAGUUAUCUAAUGGUAAAAGUAGAAAGCUGAAAAGAUAUUAUCAAGACUUUUAUGAUUUACAAGUAAAAUUACUUGACACUUUUCCAUCAGAAUCUGGUAAGUUGAGGAAUAGCUCAGGACAGUGGACGAAACGUAUACUGCCAUAUAUUCCUGGUCCAGUACCACAAGUCACCGAAUCAAUCACAAAUAAAAGAAAAGAUGAUUUAAAUAUAUAUGUCUCGGAACUAGUGCAUUUACCUGACUACAUUUCUCGUUGUGAUUAUGUCAAAUACCUAUUUGCAAUCAAAAAUAAUGGAUACGAUGAAGAAUUUCUAAACACUGUUACUGAUUCCUUUAGUAACCAAAACACGGAAACUUUAAUGGCACAACAAUUACCUUCGAAAAAUGAACUCAAUUUACAAGGGGAUAACACUUUAACAGGUGAAGAUUUGCAACUAUACGAAAAGAUGGGUGAAUUAUCUCUUGAUGGGAGCAAACAGAAGUCAAGACCACCAAGUUCGUUACCGCCUCAAUUGAAACCAACAAAGAUAAAAUUUUAUUAUAAUGAUGAUAUAUUUGCCCUGAUGUUAAAACCUGAUACUAUGUUAAGUGAACUACGUAGUAACAUUUCUACAAGAAUUGAUGGUAUUAAUUUCAAAUUGGAAAUAAACCUAUCGAAUGGAGAAACUGAACUGAUUAACUCUGACUCUCAAGUUUCUUAUAUUAUUCAAAACAAAUUAAAGAUAAAUGUAAUAGAUAAUUAA